AUGAUCAAAAUAUAUUUCAAAAACGUUCAUCCAAAAUUUCCGGAUGGUGGAAAGAUGUCACAGUAUUUGGAAUCGAUGAAAAUCGGUGAUACAAUCGAUUUUCGUGGCCCAUCAGGUCUGAUCGUUUAUGAAGGCAACGGGAACUUUGCCGUGAAACCGUCAAAAACCACGACGGCCGUUCGUCGACACUUCAAAAAUGUUGGCAUGAUUGCCGGAGGGACAGGUAUCACUCCAAUGCUACAGGUUCGUUCAUCAGACGGAGGACGAUAUUUUUUAAAUGCAUAUUGUGCAGUGCAAAUUUAUUAUUUUUCCAGGUCAAUUUCUAAAUUUCGUUUGUGUUUUAUCGUACGAAAAAGAAAUUCCUGA